CUCCACCUCAAGCGACUACAACAUGGCAGCGUACACAGAUGACUGUAAGAUGUGUGAUGAUGUGCCUGAGCUGUCGGACAGUGAUGAGGAGCAGUGGCAGUCGAUGGAGGAGGUGUCUGAACACACAACACUACAGUGUUUAUUCUGCGACAGGAAUCUGACCUCUGUGUCUGAGACUUUCCAACACUGCAAGGCUGAUCAUGGUGUAGAUAUUCUAGAUCUGGUCCAAAAACACAAACUCGAUGAUUAUGGCUAUAUAAAAAUGAUAAACUACAUUAGGACAACAAAAUGCUCUGCUGAGAGUUUGCUACUGGCUUCAGAUGGCCCACUGCCAUGGGACGGUGAUGAAUAUAUGAAACCUGCAUUACAAGAUGACCCACUACUUCAGAUCGAUGUGGAAGAGUUGAGGGAAGCCUCAGGUGGGAUGGGGAGCUCUUCUGCUGCUGAUCAGGUGAAUGUUGAAGACAGAGUUCAGAGAGCAGAGGAAGCUCUGGCCCGCGCCAUGCAGGAUAUGCAUAAACUCAAAUUGUUGGCACAAGGUCUAGUGCUGAACGCAGACACAAGUCAUGGCCCUACAUGCUCUGGGGCCAUCGCCGAGUUGAGAGAAGAUGAAGACGAGGCCUACUUUAGCUCUUAUGGCCAUUACAGCAUCCAUGAGGAGAUGCUGAAGGACAAGGUGCGCACUGAGAGCUACCGAGACUUCAUGUACCGCAACAUGGAUGUCUUCAAGGACAAGGUGGUGCUUGACGUGGGCUGUGGGACAGGAAUCCUCUCCAUGUUUGCCGCCAAAGCUGGAGCCAAGAAGGUCAUUGCUGUCGACCAGUCUGAGAUCAUUUACCAGGCCAUGGACAUUGUCAGAUCAAAUAAUCUUGAAGACACCAUCACACUGAUCAAGGGCCGGAUCGAGGAAAUUGACCUUCCAGUAGAGAAAGUGGACAUCAUCAUUUCAGAGUGGAUGGGCUACUUCUUGCUGUUUGAGUCAAUGCUGGACUCUGUGCUCUACGCCAGAGACCGCUACCUUGCAGACGAUGGUUUAGUCUUUCCUGACCGAUGCAGCAUCAGCCUGGCGGCGGUGGGCGACACUCAGAAACACAAUGACCGCAUUGCAUUCUGGGAAGAUGUGUACGGCUUCAAAAUGACGUGCAUGAAGAAGGCUGUGAUACCAGAGGCAGUGGUGGAGGUCUUGAAGCCUGAGACGGUCAUUUCAGAGUCUGCAGUGAUCAAGACUAUCGACUGUGGCUCAGUGUCGGUCUCUGAGCUGGAGUUCAGUGUGGACUUCAUCCUGAAGAUAACGGCCAGCAGCUUCUGUACAGCCAUCGUGGGCUAUUUUGACAUUUUCUUCCACAAGUGCUGCGGAAACAAGGUUAUGUUCUCCACUGCUCCAAACUGCACAAAGACUCACUGGAAACAGACGGUCUUCUUAUUAGAAAGUCCUGUUGCUGUCAAAGCCGGAGAGGAUCUUCCAGGUCACAUCUCAGUGCGUAAGAACAGAAAAGACCCAAGAGCACUGCUGAUCACACUCAACAUCGCCGGCCACAAGCAAACCUACAGCCUUCAGUGAAGAGGUUCUGUUAUAUGCUUCGAGAAAUCCAGGGUUUGAUAACUGUAACAUUCUAUUAAACACGUUUUUUUUCUACCGUAUGUCACUCAUUUAUGGCUUGUGUAUUGAGCUGACGUUGUUUUCUCUGUGUCAGGACCAAAUACUGAGUCAACAACUUGGGUGACAAAUGAAACUCUGCUUCUUUUUCUUUCUUUUUUUCUAUAAACCUGCUGAUGUCCGUAAA